UCCAAAGCACGCUCUGCCUCCCGCUCCGCCACCAUGCCCGCCGCCGCCGCGGCGCUCUCGUUCCCCGGAGCUCUGCCCCCUCCAGUGCAACUGCAACCACGCCGCCGCCUCCGCCGCGCAGAGCCACCCGCCUGCGCGCACUCCGAGCGCGGCGUCACCUUCGACCCCGGCUCCGCGUUCUACCGCAGCGACAGCGCCGCGGGCCGCGACCUCGCCGUCCUCGCCGCCACCCUCCACCGCCGCCGCUACCGCGCCGACCCCUCCGCCCCAUUCCUCUGCCUCGACGCCAUGUGCGGCUGCGGCGUCCGCGCGCUCCGCUACCUCGCGCAGGCCGGCGCCGACUUCGUCUGGGCCAACGACGCCUCCGACGCGCUCCGCCCCGUCGUCGUCGGCAACCUCUCCCGCUUCGAGCGGGCGCCCAACAGGAGGUGGGUCGUGUCGCACCUCGACGCCACCCGCCUGCUGGCGGAGCGGUACCUCCGCCGCGAGUACUUCGACGUCAUCGACGUGGACUCGUUCGGCGGCGACGCCGCCUACAUCAGGGCCGCGUUGCUGGCGCUCAGGAUUGGGGGCCUACUGUACCUCACUUCCACCGAUUGGCGGUCCGCCAGAGGUUAUGGCUCAAGAAGCUCUUUGUCAUCAUAUGGAGCAUAUAUACGUCCAGUGCCAUAUCCGAAUGAAGUCGGUUUGCGAAUGCUUAUAGGUGGUGCUGCACGGGAAGCAGCUAUUCUGGGAUUUCACAUAACUCCAUUGUUCUCGUACUAUGCAUAUCAUGGCCCUAUUUUUCGUGUCAUGGUAAAGUUACAUAAUGGAAAACAAGAUGGUAUCAGUAAUUAUGGUUUCAUUUGCCACUGCAAAAGUUGUGGCCAGUCGCGGACUUUUGGAUUUGAUGAGUUGGGGCAGAUUACUUGUGGCUGUGCAGACAAUACUGAUCCCAGCUCGAUCACUGUUGUAGGACCACUUUGGACAGGCCCUCUCCAUGAUACCACAUUCCUAACUGAAAUGUUAAGCUUGGCUACAGAUUGGGGAUGGGCAAACACAAUUGAGAAUGGCGUCGCAUUACAAAAACUUCUUGACACAAUGAUUGAGGAAAGCGACUCAAGGUUGCCACCUGGAUAUAUCAGACUUGAUGAGAUUGCUAGCCGUGCAAAAGUAAACUCUCCACCACUUGGCACCCUCAUAAACUCACUGCGCAAGGAAGGUUAUGCUGCUUGUAGAUCACAUAUAGGUGCCAAUGCUAUCAAGACCAACUGUCCCAUUGGGUCUUGCUUAGAGGUAGCACAGGAGAUCCGGAAUUUGCGAUGAUGGCUUAUGGCUUAUGUGGUUGACGAAGCAGACAAGACUGUUGCUGUUGAAGAGCACAGAAGUUUAUUUGGGAUGAGCAGUCCAAAUGUUCCCUGGCUCCCUGCAAGCAUUGGCUUCCCAAAACCAGAGAACUCUCACAAAGGCGGUAAUCUGACAGAGACCCAUCAUCCUGCACUACACAAAGCAGCAGUUUGCAGGUGGGAAGCAGCAAUAACAGCUCUGCUGUUGAGGCAUUUUCCUCCGCCUGCUCUGUGCAUGCAGUAGCAUUUUGUUUAGAAUUGUUGUUUCUGUUUUUAAUUCUUUGUUAAGAGACUAGAACCGCUCUUGGGAACUCAGGAGUGCUUACCAUGUACAAAUGUUGUUCCUGGUGAUCAAUUUUGUAUCAGCUAUCUAACACAUCCUUUCUUUUACCUCUUCCAAAGGUGAAU